AUGUAUAAUAGAUCUCUAAACAAACCUAUAGAUCCUUCUGGUGCUCGAAUCAACGAAAUAGGUGUACAACAAGUCAGUACCCGUAUCUAUGAACAGAUUUUCAAAAAUGGUAGCGACCCACCACCACAAGAGCUCAUUGAUCUAUCCAUAGAUCACUUACGCCGUCAUGAUCUUUAUGGGAAGAAUACCGACAAUACUAAGCCCAUUGCCUUUGAUGUACCUGAACUUCAGGGCACAACUCUGGACGAGCACUUCUACAAACUUGGUAUGGACUGUGCCCAUCCGUUCCUUGGGAUGGCGAAGGCGUUUGCAGAAAAAUAUGCACCCUCGCGACCGAGAGAAUGGGUGAGGCAAAGCGGCUGGACGAAAUAUUAUGACGACGAUACGCCGCCAGAGAAGGUCGAGUUUCCAGACUCUGAUAUGCUCUGCUUUGAUGUCGAGGUCAUGUGGAAGGAGAGCUCAUUUGCUGUCAUGGCGUGCGCGAUGAGCCCGACAAAUUGGUAUGCUUGGUUAUCACCUUGGCUACUUGGUGAAUCCGAGUCAGACCGGCAUCUGAUUCCAUUAGGCGAUCCAAAUAUGGACCGCAUCAUCGUCGGCCAUAAUAUUGGGUAUGACCGAGCAAGAAUCCUUGAAGAAUACGAUUUGACACAGUCAAGAAACUCGUUUCUCGAUACUAUGUCAUUACAUGUUGCAGUCAAUGGCAUGUGUUCACGGCAACGGCCAACAUGGAUGAAGCACCAAAAAAGUAAGGAGCUACGCGAUAAAAUCUCCAAAGAGACAAAUAACAUGGAGCUAAUAAACCUAUUGGCCAACAACCAUGAGGACGAAGAAGAACUCUGGGUUGAGAGAAGCUCGAUCAAUUCCCUUCGCGAUGUUGCUAAGUUCCAUCUAAAUAUCGCAAUCGACAAAGCAGCUCGAGAUCAAUUUGGGGAGCUAGACCGGGAAGGCGUUGUUGGGAAGCUGGACGAGCUACUGGAUUACUGUGCGGCAGAUGUAGUCGUCACCCACAAAGUCUACAAGAUCAUAUUCCCCAACUUCCUCAAAGUCUGCCCCCAUCCGGUUAGUUUCGCUGCAUUACGACAUCUCUCCUCGGUCAUCCUCCCUGUAAACAAGUCCUGGGAUGCAUAUGUUCAAAACGCGGAAGCCACCUACCAUAAGCUAUCCGAUAGUGUCCAGGACCGUCUGAUCUCCCUUGCGGAGAAGGCAGUAGAAAUUAAAGACGAUGCAGAGAAAUGGGGCAACGACCCAUGGCUGAGGCAGUUGGACUGGUCUGGUCAAGAAAUUAAGAUGGUCAAGGGAAAGAAAAAAGGAGACCCCCCAAGACCUGCUGCUCGCCAGAAGAAACCUGGAAUGCCUAAAUGGUAUAAAGACUUGUUCAAGAAAAUCGAUGCGGAAAUUAGUCUUACGGUUAGGACUCGAAUUGCGCCGCUCCUGCUUCGACUUGCGUGGGAUAGCUAUCCUCUGGUCUGGUCCGACAAAUAUGGCUGGACAUUUAAAGUGCCACUUUCAGACAUGUCGAAAUAUGGUUCAACGCAGCUUGCUAAGUGUGACUUCUCGGACGAGCCUAUAGAAGCUUUAAAGAACGACAGGACUGGAAUAUAUUUUAAGCUCCCUCAUAAAGAUGGUCUAACUACGCGAUGCGUGAAUCCGUUAGCCAAGGGGUAUCUCCCAUACUUCGAAAAUGGUACUUUAUCGUCGGAAUAUCCGUUAGCGAAAGAGGCGCUCGACAUGAACGCAUCGUGUUCUUAUUGGAUUAGCGCUAGGAGUAGAAUCAUGUCUCAGAUGGUGGUUUACGAAAAGAAUAAAGUUGAAAAUAACGAAGAGGACUGCGCUAAAAAGGAUGACUAUGACCUUGGAUAUAUACUCCCUCAAAUUAUCCCUAUGGGUACUAUUACACGAAGAGCAGUCGAAAAUACAUGGUUGACCGCAAGCAAUGCAAAGAAGAAUAGGGUCGGUUCUGAGCUGAAAGCAAUGGUCAAAGCACCACCAGGCUAUUGCUUUGUCGGUGCUGAUGUCGACUCGGAAGAACUCUGGAUCGCCAGCGUCGUAGGAGAUGCCACCUUUAAACUCCACGGUGGUAACGCUAUUGGUUUCAUGACCCUGGAAGGCACCAAAGCUGCAGGGACUGAUCUUCACUCCCGUACCGCUUCUAUCUUAGGGAUCACACGUAAUAAUGCCAAAGUUUUCAACUACGGCCGGAUAUACGGAGCAGGACUUAAGUUCGCUGCUAGCUUACUCAGACAGUUUAACCCUAGCCUCUCGGAGAAAGAAACGUUGGAUAUCGCUGGAAAACUGUAUACCACGACGAAGGGUACCAAGACAACAAGGAAAACGCUCUCCAAGCGGCCUUUCUGGAGGGGCGGGACGGAGUCGUUCGUCUUCAACAAGCUUGAAGAGUUCGCAGAACAAGAUCGCCCACGUACCCCGGUUCUCGGAGCUGGAAUCACCGAAGCUCUGUUGAGUAGAUAUAUUAGCAAGGGGGGCUACCUCACGUCUCGUAUCAACUGGGCAAUCCAGUCGUCGGGUGUGGAUUAUCUGCAUCUUCUAAUCGUUUCAAUGGACUAUCUGACUCGGCGUUUUAACAUUGCGGCUCGCCUCGCCAUUAGUGUACACGACGAGAUACGCUAUCUCGUCAAGGAUGAAGACAAAUAUCGAGCAGCCAUGGCUCUUCAAGUCGCUAACCUCUGGACCCGAGCGAUGUUUGCCCAGCAGGUUGGCAUAAAUGACCUUCCACAAGCAUGCGCUUAUUUCUCUGCGAUCGAUAUUGACCACAUACUUCGUAAAGAGGUUGACAUGAACUGCGUGACACCAAGCCAUUUGACGCCUAUUCCACCUGGGGAAAGCCUCGAUAUUAUGCAACUACUCGAGAAAGGAGAUGAAGCGAAACUCGACCCCGCUACUAUCCCGGCAAAGCCUGUUCCAAAGCCAGAGAACAUUUCGUAUGAGCAUAGGGUACCUGUGAUGGAGGAGCUGAAUGCUUCCCAAGAUCCUACAGACCUCAGUUUCCUAAAAGCACAGAUCACAGACGACGACCAGGAGCUUCGCCAGAUCAUCAAAGACCAAAAGAAGAAUUCCGGGGCUGGAUCGGCCAGUGUAAUAGUGAACAAGCCCAGGCAGAAGAAGCUAGUCCCGUAUAGCUCGCAGCCGCAACUUAUCCCUCACAUGUACAAACCGUUCGGGGCAAAGUUCACCUCGAAGCAAGAUUAUGGUAGCGGGGGGCAGUGGACUUUCGAGCCCAUGCCUUCUGCAUCGCUGCCUAUCCGGAGGGCCUAG